AUGCACGACAACAGGAGGCCCCGGUACCUCAUCUUCUUCUACAGCAACUCCACCUCCUUUAUGGCUUCCAUCGUCGUCAUCAUCAUGUUGCUACCGCAAUGGCUGCGAAAGGAGCAGCAAGGGGAAUGGGAGAAAUGGUCGCUGAGGGUGAUGAACAGGACGAUCAGACUGGAUUUAUUUGCUCUCCUAGGGGCCUAUGCAGCCGGGUCCAACAGGGGGUGGAAGACGUCCAUGUAUGUCGUCGCGCUCAUCAUUGCCGUGCUGGGCUACUUUUUAAUCCACAUGAAGCUUUCAACAUGUCUUGAACGUCGCCGUAAGAAGCGCGAUGCCGAAGCAGCCAUGGGAAUCAUAGUAUGA